AUGGGUAUGCUGAGUAUCAAAAGGCGUUGCAAUUCCUUUCCAGAAAAGCGAGAUCCGUUGCUCUGCUGUGUGAUCUGUGGGGCUGAUCUUCCACUUCAUGAUGUCGACGAAGUAUGGGAAGAGCGAGAGGACUGGGGAGAGCUCUGGGACAAGGGUUGGAACCAAUCUGUGAUUGUCCCAGCCGAAGAGUUGGAGCAGAUGGACUUUGUGAAAUAUCCGUAUCUGUGGUCGUUCUGGUUUCGAGCAAUUAUCGAAGAUCCGGAGACAAGCCAGAUGGUUUUAUCUGGAAUCUCAAACGGACUUACCAUCAACCACUGGCCACGCCCCGUCCCGCGCAACCCCCAGAAGGCCUCCAUCCAGAACUUGGCACUAGACGAGGACCAUUGGAAUGCUGACUUCCACAUGGUGAAUCUGUUCGAAGCAGAUUCGAAUCGAGAGGCAGGGGAGCCCAUAGGAUAUCCGAUUCAUCCCCACUGCUGGCUGCUCCUCGACCGUUUUGUUGGACAUGAUCUCAUCAUGUCAAAUCUUCAUGCAUUCCUCCGCGCUGUCGAAGGAUUUUGGAGAAAAAACAAAAAGCACUGGGGUAUCUUUCUAGACCAUCUGUGUUACGAUGGGCUCUGCAAAUAUAAUAAUGGCCCAUUCUGGCCCGCAGAGCAGCGUCCAUGUACUCCGGAGCUCUGUGCUGAGGAUCUCGAGGAGAUCACGCAGUGGCAUGCCCCUGGGAGUCCAUUGAGAAUUCUUGACAUACGGCGCUUGAUCACUCAAAAUCUUCUUUCGCAACGAGACAAUCCCGGUCAAGGACAGAAGACGGUCCAGCCACCGGUUUCCUGCCUGCCACUCGAUCUUGCGAUGACUAUCGUGGAUUUGAUCUAUGAGACUCGGCCUCGUGGUCAACAGCGCAUUGACGAUAUACGUAAUCUACUGGAAGCCUUUCAAUGGACACUGCCCAACACGUACUGGCAAGCACGAUGCAACACUCGGCUAUUAUUUGAACUCGAAGACCUGAUCAAGGCCGGAACCGCAGUAAACUGGUCGGGGCUAUGGCUUGGGAUUGAGGAGCUACUAUUAGGCAAUGAUUGGUACUGUAAUAGUGGGUUGAAUAAUCGUGCUCGAACACUGAACCUGAUCAACGGGAUCAAGGAAGAGUUUGUCCAUCUGUUGAAUCGGCCAGUGGUUGGGGUGUAG